CUGACCUUGCUCUUACAUCAUUCAUAAAGACAACAACCUAACAACAUCAACCUCAUUUUGACACCCAUUCACGAUCUGAAACAUCAAGCGCACUCCCGUCAACAAUCACCGUGAACGAUCAUCACAACUGCCGAUGACUCACCGCUCCUAGAACGAACUUCCGCCUGCCUACGCUAAGGGCGCCAGUCAGCGCUUCACGAUCUAACUUGGCGCAUAUUGUUAUCUCACAUUCUACAUUAUAAAUACACCACUUUCAUCAUACAAAUCGCCUAUCUGAUGCGACCGGACGUCCAGUUCGUAUAAUUCUUUGAUUGAGGCGACGUUACCGUAACGCCUGCUCGUGUGCGACUCUGCCGUACUCGAGCGCCGAAGGUGAACAACAUGGUAUCUUCGCGCCAGCGUGAGCUUCGACCCGAGGACUCGUGGCGCUUUGUUGAAGGGGAGAACGAUAGUUUCGACACAAGUAUCCUCCCAUCACUUGGGGAAUCAUCACCACCUACAUCCUCAGGCAACAUACCCUCACAACCCUUUUCCCAAGGAAAUCUCAGCUUCGCAUCGCAGGACAGCAUUCGCGACUUUGGGGCGGACCCAGACGACGAGCAGGUCAUUCUACGAGAGCCAUUCAGGCCGAGUCUUUCGCGCGCAAGUGUGAGCGUAAGCGGAGAGCGAGUCUUUCGAUCACCCGAUCCAGAAUUUCACAUGCCGCGCAUCGAUACUGCGAGUGAUGGAAGUAGGAGUGAGCGCACGAUAAGAGGGCUGGGCAUAGGAUAUGGCGGCAAUGAAGGUGCGAGGAGAAGAGGAAAUCAACCAACUUCGAGUCCUCCCAAGCAGAGAAAUACGCGCGCAAGACAUGAGACCGAGGACGAAUAUCAUCGCCGCCAAUAUCGCGAACAGCCACCGCCAACAGUUGGAAAUCAAAUCGCUCAAAGCGUCCCGGCGGCGAUAUACAACACACUUGCAUGGUUUCUCAACGUUAUCGGGCUGGCAUUUCGCUACGCUCAGAAACCUUUUGCGAUUCUACUGGCCAUUUAUCUUUGCUUUGGUGGCCUUAUUAUUGCACAGAACAUGGCAACUCGCUCUAUCGCCGCAUCUCUAUCUCCUCUUUGCCGUAUCCCGGGCGCAUCGCUACUGAAUCUUCCGUUUUGUCCUUCCUUGGAUACGAUAGUGCCUGCGGGAGGCGAUGGAUCACCCGUUGAGUUCGAUGAUCUCAUGAAUGUUCAGUCAAAGUUCGAGCAAGUUCUUGAGAAGAGCUCUGAUGGAGUCUCUCUCCCAUUCGAGAUGAAGAGAUCCGAAACGGCCAUCCGAGAUUUACGCAGCCUUGUGCGACACAGCGAUCUACAAGCUCGCGAUGAGUUGCUAUUUGAGUUCGACGGUUACAUCGACACGGCGAGGCAGACGUCUUCGGACUUGCAAAAGUUCAACACCCAUGUUGGGUCGGCUGUUGAUGCUGUCAUAAGCAUCAAUCGCUGGACGUCUCGUUAUCUCGAUACUCUAUCCCCAGAAACAGAUGAUGGGAAGUCGAUUUCCUCACCUUCGCCUAUUCUUGGCUGGGCGUCGUGGCUCUUUCACCCGUUCCAGCCAACUACAGAUCAUAUCUUCAACGAGCGAGUUCUCCUAGACAAGUAUAUUGAACAUACGGCUCUUGUCUCGGAUCGUAUCGCGACCCUUAUCCUUGAAGCGCAGGCCGUUCUGCGCCUGCUUACAAAAGCUGAGGAUCAUCUGAUGCUCAUUUACGACAUCAGUUCUCGCUCCUCUGCCGAUACAGCAUCUCGUCGUGAAAAUGUUCUCUGGAAUAUCUGGACACUUGUCGGUGCAAACUCGAACCAACUCAACAGUCUUUCCCGCCAACUGGCUCUUCUGCGCCAGGUUGACGCACAGCGUUCUUCAGCAGUCGCACAGGUCAACGCGCUUAUCCUCGAACUCGAGAGCAUUCAAGCUGGUCUGGGCGACUUGCGUGACCGAGUUGCUGAGCCAGAGGUGCUCCGCAAUGGUAUCGGUAGUGGACCUCCAAUCCCGUUGAGCGUGCAUAUCGAGACCAUUGAUCGCGGCGUCGAACGUCUGGAGGACGCAAGAAGCAGAAUUCGUGCUGCCGAGAAUGAUCGUGUUCGAGAUGCACUUGCUAGAGGCGGAGUUCGUAAUGAGCCGUUGCUAGAAGGCAAAGGAAAGCGUGGUGAAGGGAAUUGAACAGUGUAUGAUGAUCAGAAACCAGAACCUAGGAAUUUGAAUCACUGAACUUGGAUUAUGUUUGGCGUUUGGAGCGUACCUAGAGCGAGAAAUAUGAACGAUUGGACUCCUCAGAUAUACUUGUGCAUAUAGGGGAAUAGCUAGUUCUUGGAAACAUACGACAGUCUGAUCUAAAAUAUAAACACCUUGGCCAAUUCAUAGUGCU